AUGGGCUGCAACGCAUAAAAAAUAAAGACUAAAACAAGGGACUAAGUGAUAGAAACCAAUCCAAAUAUUAAAUGCUAGAAUCAAUAAAGCAAAAUAUUAGAAACUGAGCAAAAGGUUGAUAGACUUAAUAGUGAAAUGCAAUGUCCCCACUCUCCUUAGAUAGGAAGGAAGUUAAAACAUAUGGCAAGCAGUGAUGAACUUCAAAAGUAUCUUACUAAAAGGUAGAGCAAUACUUAAAGUCCAUUUAAGUAUAUUAAGAACUCUCCAGAAUAAAGGAGAAAGCUAUCAUUGAUGAACAGCCCUAAAUUGUGA